GAAUCAUCUCUAAGCCUCAACCCGCCCGAAUCGCUGAUUCGCUAUACCCCCUUCUCUGUCUCUCUCCCCACAUUCGACGAGGCGCACAAUUCUAGGGAGGUUCCUUUAGAGCCGUACAGUUUUGGGGGACUUCCCAAAAUCUUGGGGGGUCAAUCCAAUUCAAGUCUCAGGCUUUUUAUUAGGUCCGUUAAGAACACCCGGCAGUUGCAGAAAUUUGAUCAGAGGCGAUGCUUUCGUAGCAUCGCUGGUAUCGAGACCCCUUCGGUCCGUCAUUCUGCCGAUGGUCUUAAUGGUCUCCAAGUUUCCCUGCGGAGUUUGUUUAAUAACAGUCACACAGUUCAAACGAGGCGGUUUCUUGGUUGUGGUGACGGUGAUGAGGGCGGUGUCCUGUCGAAAGUUUACGAGGAGAGGAUUGUCUUGGGGUAUUCUCCAGAGCAGUUGUUUGAUGUAGUUGCAGCUGUUGACUUGUAUAAUGGUUUUGUCCCGUGGUGUCGGCAGUCUGAGAUACUUAAACAACACCCUGAUGGGUCUUUUGAUGCUGAGCUCGAGAUUGGUUUCAAAUUUCUUGUUGAAAGUUACAUUUCGCAUGUAGAGUUGAGCAGGCCGAAGUCCAUAAAGACAACUGCAAAGGAUAGUGCCAUUUUUGACCACUUGAUAAACAUAUGGGAGUUCAAUCCGGGACCAGUUCCAGGAACUUGUAACCUUCAUUUUUUGGUGGAUUUUAAGUUCCAGUCACCGCUUUACCGACAGGUAGCAUCCAUGUUCUUCAAGGAGGUGGUCUCUCAACUCGUACGUUCAUUCAGCCAGCGCUGCAGUUUGGUGUAUGGACCAGGGGUCCCAAUCCUUGAAAAUUCAUAUGGUCAAAGUGCAUGAGAGAUCAUUUUGCAUUUAACCGGUUGUAGUGACAAAUGAAUUUCUAGAGCUAGCAUAUCACUUAUCCAAAAAUUUACCGUCACACCGGCCACUGGGUGGUUUUUUGUUUUGCUUGCUGUCUAGUUGGCCAAUUGAUCUUUUGAUGAGGUAAUUCAAUUAAAGCCUUAAAGUCUCCAAGAAAAUAUCUUUGUUAUCUCCAAGAAAAUAUCACUUAUCAUGAAAGAUAUAAAUGCUUUUUGUACUUGCAUUUUGUCCUUACAAUACAUGCUCUUAGAUGGAGGCUCAAUAUUGAAGGGGUUAUCUCUUUAAGAUUUGGCAUCGCCUGAAUGUGUUUGAUAGAAUAUCAAGAGUCACGCCAUAUUACAUAUAGAUAUUUGGCAGUUUGCGACCAUUAUUGUUAUGUAGAAGUUGCCUGCUUGAUUCGUGACUAUAUUUCUGUAAUUAUGGUGGUCUCAGUUUCCCUCCAAUGACCAAAAAUUGAAACCAUCAGGUCAGAAUGUUAUGUUU